AGUCACGAGAGCCCUUGUUUGGCACCUAAACACUCUUUUCCGCUUACUAACACUCACAGUAAGGUAAACGGGUUUUUGUAUACGACGCGAAGGCGAGUUAACCAGUCGAUCGACAUCCACUGACCGGGUCGCAUUAGUUAAUACCGUACGCUUAACGCCACAUAUAUUACUAGCAACAUGAAGACCGCACCUGUGUUCCUCGUCGUGCUGUUGUCCAUCAUUUGUGUCGUCCAUUGUAAGGACCUGAUUGUGGGCUCCAGUUUCAACAACAGACUCAUACACCAAGAAAAAGCCGAGUACAAUGCUAUCCCACUCAAGAAGCGAGUUAAAGAAGUAUUUUUCUCCGAUCCUGGACAACAAAUUAUCAAGGGUAUAAUCCUACGAGACUUGGACCACACUGAGGCCAUUCCCAGUGUCACAGCUGGAGGAGUGGGCUUCUCUUACGCUAACAUCAGGCUGAAGAGCGAACGGGGCUCAGGACUCAACUACCAGGUGGAAAUCUACGUAUAAGCUGUAAAACCCCACCGAUAACAUUUACUACUUACCUUAUAUGAAACUAUGAAGGUAUUAUUUCUCUCUCAGACUCUUACAUGCUUAAAAUCUGUGUGUUUAAGUAAGAGAAUUGUGUUUAUCGUACACAUUGUACUAGUAUUUCUUAAGAAAUACGGAAACAUUUUCCUAUAAAGUUUGAUUUAUUGUUGUACAAGUCUUUAAUUUAUAUUAUAAUAACAAUGGACGUUUUACAUAAUAUAUGCAAAUUAAAAAAUUAAGUCAGGUAUGUAAUGUCAAUAAAAAAUCUGAACAUAUAGUAAGAAAAAGUAAUUGCCUUCUAUCAACUAUGCUCAUAAACCUUCGUAAGGAAAUGCGAGAGUCUGGGAAGAGUGAAUAACCAUAACAUUAUUUAUAAUUAAUGUUAUCGAUAAUGCAAUACUUUACUCAAUAAUUUAAAAUAAAUA